AUGCAGCGCGCACCAGCAGCAGCCUUCUCGCUUGUCAGAUCCGCCGUCCUCAACCACGUGCGGCUACCCGUGGCGCCUUCCUUCUGGUCGCGCGUCGGCAGCGCGCCGGCCAGCGGAGCCCCGAGCCGCGGGUUCGCGGAGUCGGCCGGCACUUACCUUGACAAGGACGCGGUGACGGAGCGCGUGCUGAACGUAGUUAAGAAGUUCCAGAAGGUGGAUCCGAAGCUGGUGACCCCCACUGCAAGCUUCCAGAAGGACCUGGGGCUGGACUCACUAGACGGGGUGGAGGUGGUGAUGGCGUUUGAGGAGGAGUUUGCGGUUGAGAUCCCCGAUGCCGAUGCCGAUAAAAUCCUCUCCUGCGCUGAUGCCAUUGAUUACAUCGCCUCGCACCCACAGGCCAAGUGA